AUAAAAUUAUAUCUCUUUUUGUUGGCUAAGACACCCGAGUGGUUAUGGAUGGGACUGGAGUGUGUUUUGUAUGGAGAUUUGUAACUUCAGAUGGUUAUCUCUUUUUGUCGACUUUAAGACGCUUCCCAACGAAGAAGGGGUCCCAGCUAUGGAUUUAAGGCCGCAUAGGCGCGUUCCACGCUUUAUGUCGCUUUGUUGAGAGUAAACAAUCACACAUGAGAUAAGUGUGUGUCAAACGUUGUUAAUCUCGCGAUUUGAUGAUGACAAACUUAUCAUUCGUAAAUACUGUCAAUAAUCGAUUAUGAGACAUGCUUGUUUGUAUUUUGAGGCUCGAAGAAUGAACCGGUUUUGACAAACAAUAGUGUAUUUUUUUCGCUCAAGUUGAUAUGAGGAUGUUUUAACUCGUGUGUCAGUCAGAAAUCUUCGCAUGAGAUCAUGGUAGAAUAAACAUAUUUUUCCCGUUAAAGAUGAUUAACCUGUGAAUUUAUUACAAAAUAUUAUUUCAAACAAUUUCAACGAAACGUUAACGCCGCUAUCCUUAGUGCGCGAAGAUUUCAACGCAAAACCCAGAGCAAGGAUACCGUACGUAAAAUCGAAGAAAAUCAUGGUUUGCUCCUCGCAAAUGAAAACAGCGAAAUUAUAUGAACGCUUGAGUCGAUUGGCGCCUAUAUCUGUGUUCUAUACGCGAGUGGUGUUUGGAAAUAAAUGAAUAUUUGAAGGAAUUUAUUGGACUUUUUUAUUAUAAUUUUCACGGAUUGCUUGUUAUAUGUUAUAGUGCCGAUUCGUGGUGACGCAUAAUUUAUAUAAUAGGCUGGAUAUUAAGCAGGUGGUUCAUAUUUAAGCUGAGAAUGUUAUAAUUUGUUUCGUAUGAAAUCUUGAAGUUCGGUCAUUUGGCAACGGUGUAUUAACCAUAGCUCAUUACAGAACAUUUAAUGUUUUAUUUAAUUGGGUAAUUAAUACUCAUGCAUACUGUUUGAAAACGUUCGCUAAAUACGGUAAUAAAGGAGAUUUGUGAAAAACAACGCCACUUGUGUGUAACCAAAAUGAGAGUUACGAGCUUUUGAAAUAAAUUAUCACUUAAACUUUAUAUAAAUAUUAGGAGAUCGGUUACAAAAUUUAUCGAUUUAGCGCUAAAAAGAAGCGAUUGUUUAAGAGUAAGAGAAUGGAUCCCGACUGAGUGGAGUUUUACCCAUUCUAUUGAGAACGGUACAAAAUAAACGACGAUUGUUUUAGUGUCAAAAAUAAACCAUGCGGAUUUUAAGGACCAUUGGCGGAGAGUCAGGAUUUUCUGUGUUAAGUUUGUGCUAUUUAUUAACGGUUUUCUGUUUAACUAUCCGCGCGGUGGACGGGAAGCGGAAAAAGGGUCCGAAGGGGGCUGUGGAAGAAACGGAGGCUAUUGAGCGUCUCUCGAAGGUGUUUGGGAUCGAGCACGCGCCGCAGAAUAACGUGGGCGCCACUCCUCCGCAGUUUAUGUUGGAAUUAUUUAACGACAUUACUGACGCCGGUGGAUUAAUUAAAAAGGACGGCCCAUAUAACGCGUCUACCGUGGUCAGCUUUCCUGAUAGAGCCUACAAGAACGCACAGCACUUCUUUUACAACGUGUCAAUGCACGAAACCGAGAACCUUCUAGAAUCGGAAUUCCACGUGUUCCGGAUGUCACCGAAGUCAAACCAUUCACGCCAUACCGCGCCGCAUGGCCGGCUGUCUCACUUAAUUGAGAUAAAAGUUUUUCAAGUUUUAGACCCAGACAACAUGUUUUCCGAUAACGGUCGCCUAUUGGUUGAUCACAAACGUGUCAGUACGCAUGCGCGUGGCUGGGUCAUAUUCAACGUGACACGCUCGGUGCGUGAAUGGGCAGCGGGAACAAGAAUCAACCAUGGUUUCCUCGUAAUCUCUCAGACGCUCAAUGGUAAUGAGUUGGGCGAGGACGAGGUGAGGUUUGCUCAAAGAAAGUCCCACCACGACACCAAGCAGCCUAUACUGGUCGUGUACACAAACGAUGGCCGCCAUAGGACUCCUCAUUACAUAUCGCCAGACGACCAAGAAUACAAAGAAAUCACUAGGGAUAUUAAACGAUUGGAGAAGAAAUACCAGCGCAAACUUGGCUACAACUACGACAAUGCCGGUCUUCAAAACGCAAUAAAGUUUUUGAACGAAAAAGAUCGAGAAGAAUACGGUCACCCAUUUUUUAUGCGCACAAACGAAACGCCAGAAUCAUUCAACAGUUCCAGACGCCGAAGGAGCGUGGUCUCAACAAAACAUAAAACACGAACAAAACGGGCUAAGGACGAAAAUAACAAUAUCAAAGACAGACGAGACGCUACUCGUUACGGCAAGCAGCGUCGGCGGUCUUGCAACCGACGUCAGAUGUACGUAGAUUUCGACGAGAUUGGCUGGGCAGGCUGGAUAAUAUCCCCUAAAGGGUACAACGCAUACCAUUGCAAGGGACCAUGUGAGUUUCCCUUAGGACAGAGCCAGCGUCCAACAAAUCAUGCGACGGUGCAAAGUAUAGUGCACGCGUUACGUGUUGGCAAGAACGUCAACACGCCGUGUUGCGUUCCGAACAAACUCUAUUCCAUUAGCUUAUUAUAUUUCGAUGACGCUGAAAAUGUGAUCUUAAAACAAUACGACGACAUGGUUGCGGCUAGUUGUGGGUGCCACUGAUUAUUGCUAAACCUGACUUAACUAAAAUGUUUCUCUUGCAUAUAUAUGUUCUUUGAAAAAAGCCAGUACAUAUUUUGUUUGCAUCAUUGCUAAAUCGUAAUGUGAAAGCAAUGUGUGAAAUUGAAAUGACCGACAAAGCAGUGGGUUUAUUUUUCACUAAAAUUUUCCCAAAGAACGGUCACGGGUACCUUCCGAUUGACAAACGAGUUGGCGACAUUGUGAAAAUUGGGUGUCAUCGAUUGGCUCAAUGGCAAAAAUAAACAUGGGUAGAUGCGUGACGUAAAUUACACUACGAGAGUAUGAUGUGCAAAGAUGUCAUUAUGUUACGCGUGGUAAAUGUUUGAAACAAGUCUCUGUUUUAUGAUAGUAAUCUCCACAGACAAAAGGUGCUGACAAUAUAGGCUAUCGGAAGCAUUGUGUUUAAUUUGAAGACGUUGGUAACCUUAACCCUAUUUGAGCAGUUUGGAUUGUGUAUCUGAGUUAAAACCAAUACUGCAUUUAAGGUUCUGUAUAUGCAUCUGUAGGAUGAUAAAGAAACCAACACAUGACAUAGACAACUACUUGAAAGGCCUUCGUAUACUAGUAUCGUUUGAUUAUGUUUUUGAAUGUAAACAUUAGCCCGAGAAGCCAAUAUAUACGACAGGAAUCUUUAAGACAAAAAGAAGGGCAAAAUUAAUACGUUAAAUUUAAUUAAAACCCCAUUUUUAUAAAGAUUUGACGUACUCUGCAGAUUUUUGAAAAUGGUAAUAGGGUAUAAUAUAAUAUGAUAAGUGUGCAACGUUGUUGCUUUAAGCUUAUUUGUAAAUAUGUAUGUACUCUAUAUGUGAUGACAGUCAAAAGCGUGCUUAUAUGCUUAAUUUUGUGAAAGAAGUGAUCAACAACUAUAGAAAAUAAAUUGCAAGUCUUGUUGUACAUAGAACCAGUGCUUUGGAAAUAUUUAGUUUGAAUAUAUCAUAAAUAAUCGUGCACAGUCCUAUAUAGUACCACAACAUACGUAUACAUUAUAAUUACAUAAUCGUCCGUUCCUAAAUAAGCCAAUGCAAUUUCAUAUGGUUUAGCACAGUCGGGUUAUGUUAAUACAAUAUGCAAAAGUCAAUUGAAUCGCCGUGAAAAAGAUUACAAAAGGGACUAGUAAUGUUUAAAUUGUAACAAAUUGUUGCAAAAUUAAUCGCUCAUGAUCGAACAUAACAAUGACAUAUUGUAUAGUCGAUAACCGUAUGUCAAUUUGAUUGACUAUAUACGUUCUUUUAUUGGUUUUAUGUCGGUUUUUCCCUAAGAUGUGAUAAUUACAUAUACAAUGUUCAAUUAAAUUUAUCUUUCUUCAAGGAAGCUAAUAUCGUCAAAUGAAAAUGGAAAAAAAAUCCAAGUGUUGUCCAACAUUCACGAAUUUACAAACAAGAGCUAAGCAAUUUUAUAUAGAACUAUGAUAUACUUAUUGUGUUAUUUAUCUCAAAUAAAACACAAUUAUAGAGCUUUUUGACGCGAAAGUAUAUCAUAAUUAACCAUAUUUCUGGAGCUUUUUUUUAUCAACAUGCCUAUCGAAUUUAUGCUGUAAGAAUGAAAUGCACACAAACACAUGCUGGAAUGACCGAGUAUCCGAGACUUUUGUCUUAUGUGGAAUCUUGGAGAUAUAAUGUUUUAUUCUGUUCAUUCAUAUUGUUUUCAUGUAAUAAUACAUGAACUGUUUGGUCCAUAUACCUUAAUCUGAAAAGCUUCAUAUGUAGAAUGGUGAAUAUGUCUCUUUAGAAACUCACUGCACACACUGACAUAUAUGUCCUCCUUUGUUUUUGUUAUGUAAUUGCUCUACAUUUCAUUUAAAUUCUGAACAAAAGUAAAAAGGUUCAUGUUGUAAUUUAGCCAUGGUUCACAUGGUAACUGCUGACGAAAAUGUUGUUAUAUGUGAAUAAAGUGACAAAUCUUC